AUGGAAAAUCCAAGUCGAGCGCCGCUGCUGGUCCGCCUGGCCAUGACAUUGCUGUUGACAACUAACCAGUUUACCCUGGCCUACGACUUGGACCCCGAUUCUCGUGAGUCUAUAACGUCGAUAUCCAAACAAAUGGCGGAGGAUUUGGUAUCUUUCUAUAAGGGCAAUGAGCUUGGCCAAACACCUGGUCUUCUCCCCGACCCAUAUUACUGGUGGGAGGCAGGUGCUAUGAUGGGUACUCUCGUCGAUUACUGGUAUUAUACGGGCGAUGAUGCUUAUAAUGAUAUCACCCAGCAAGCGUUCCUUUUCCAAGUCGGAGACACCAACGACUACAUGCCAAGAAACCAAACUCGGACAGAAGGUAAUGAUGAUCAGGGCUUCUGGGGACUUUCCGUCAUGUCCGCUGCCGAAUACAACUUUCCAAACCCGCCUGCCGACAAGCCACAAUGGCUUGGUCUCGCCCAAGCUGUAUUCAACACUCAGGCUUCUCGAUGGGAUACAGAGUACUGCGACGGUGGUUUGCGGUGGCAAAUUUUCUCAUGGAACAAUGGCUAUGACUACAAGAACUCAAUUUCACAAGCGUGCUUCUUCGCUCUCGGUGCCAGAUUGGCUCUGUAUACCGGCAACCAGACCUACGCCGAUUGGGCCGAGAAGGCGUGGGAUUGGAUGAUAGAUAUCAAGUUCAUCAAUACCACAAACUGGUACGUUUAUGACGGCGCCAGUGUCAAUACCAACUGCACCGUCCUCACGCCGUAUCAAUUCACAUACAAUGCCGGAGGCAUGAUUCUCGGUGCAGCUGCCAUGUACAACUAUACAGAGUCGCAGGUGUGGAAGGAUCGCCUAGACAAUCUCGUCACUGGCAGCAAGGUCUUCUUCACGGGCCCCCAUAACAACAUCAUGACAGAAGUUGCGUGCGAGUCAGUCGGUACUUGCAACGUCGAUGAGCACUCGUUCAAGGCAUAUUUGAGUCGCUGGCUAGCCAACAUGACCAAAUGGGCCCCUCAUACUUAUAAUACAAUCAUGCCAUACCUCCGAGCGUCCUCGAUUGCGGCGGCGAAGCAAUGUGUCGGCGGCAAGAAUAAGCGCAUGUGCGGCCUCAUCUGGAACAACGGCACUUACGAUGGAACGACUGGUGUCGGCCAGCAAAUGGCGGCUCUUGAAAUUACAAUGGCCAAUCUGAUUGGAGAUAGUGCUGCUCCCUUCACUGCCGACAGGGGAGGCACCAGCCAAGGAGACCCUGGUGGUGGUGGCAGUGAUUUGGGUCGGAAUACGCCAAAGGGCCCAGACUACAGACCCAUCAAUGGAGGCGACAGGUUUGGGGCAGCCAUUCUCACGAUUCUUGUUAUUGCGAGCGUGGUUGGGGCCAUUGGCUUCCUUUUGCUAGACGAGACAACCGGUCAAGGGCCUAUGGCUCAGGUAAAAGGGUUGUAUUCUUCUGCCAAGGGAUUUUACUCAUCUGCCUCGGCGGCCAUCACCACUCUUGCGGCGGGUGGAGGUUUAGCUGCGGCGGCGGCUGCCAGGCGGAAAAGGAGCGAGAAAGAGAAAGGAGUCGUUGUCAAUGAAAAGGCUGUUGCCAAUAGCAGAGAUUCAGGAAGCAAUGGCAGUCUACAGGGCGGUAGCUCUAACAAUACUUCGCCAGAAGCUGCUCUGAUUGCUAACCGGUCGGCUCGGCAUAGCAGGGCAGGGCGGAGGCGACUUUCAAAUAUGCCAGUAGGUUGGCCACAGAACCCAUCCCUUAGGAACAGUGUUGUUGUGGUGGCCGAGUCGUCGUCCGCAGGGGCAUCUACUGAAGGGAGCAGUAACAGAGCAUUAUGA